GUCACGUAACACUCUACGUUUUCUGACUAACGGACCGCUUCGGUAAAAGUGUCUAUAGGAGGGCUUAAAAGCUGCGAGCUGUUUCCUGUCUCCCAUUGUUAUCUGGUGUUAGCUAGCCGACAGCUAACGAGAUGUUGCUAUGCAUUUGCAUGACAACAGCGAAAACUAAUAUCAAGGCUGCUUCAACCAAUUAGCUAGUUUGUGUCGGGCCUUUUAGUUUAGAGGGUCAUGCUUAGCAAGUGAACCAAACAAUGGAAGGAAAAGGCCCCUACCGCAUCUACGAUCCGGGUGGGAGUGACGUCAAGUCCAGGGAUGAAGCUGCAGGAGGAAGCAGCUAUCGACAGCUCCUGGAGGAGAACAGCAUGCUGAGGGAGAGGAUGAAGGGUCUUAAAAGCCUAGGUGACUUGCUCGAAGAAUCUCAAUUAGAAGCGUUGAGGCUUCGUCAGCGAGUGGAGGAACUUGUAAGAGACAACGAGGCCCUCAAGUCCUCCAGCUUUGCAGCCAGUCUUUGCGCAGGUGGACACGUUCAGACCGAAACACAAAGUAAACCUUUUUUGUAUCCCGCUGCUGAGCCGAAGGAAGCGGAUGCAAGCUGUUUAGCGAGGGCCAUUCAGCCCAACAGACUUAGUGAGGCCUUAUCAGAGUUUGAAGUGGUCAAUAUGGACAGGAGGACGUCAGAUGCCUUGACUGCCCGAUCUGCAGUAGGUGUAAUCCCCCUCCUGCCUCAGGAGAACGUCGAGCUAGCGAGCCAGCUGAAGAAACUGGAGAGCUCCUUCAGCAUAUUCGCAGAGGAGUCCAAUCCAAACCAGCUGUUAGCUCACCUGGGACGAAUGGCUGUGGAGUUUCACCAUCUUUCCUCUAAGGUCCAAAAGAAUGAACAAAGGACGUCCCUCCUUCAGACUCUGUGUGAGCAGCUCAGACACGAGAACAAUGAACUUCGGAAGAAAAUGGAGGAGGAUCAUCAUAUCAGGAAUCGAGACUUGGAACAGCUGAGGCAGGAAAAUCAGAAACUGAAGGAACUUGUGACAGGAGGAGCAGCAGUGGCAUCAACAUCAGCAGCUGCAGCAGCAUCAUCAUCAUCAUCCUCAUCAUCUACGGCAGUGUCUGACACUGAAGCUCCCGACACCAAAGAUGAGCCAGUUAAAGAGGAAUGUGCUACGGUGAGACCAAAGGUGGAAGCCUCCACCCCUCAGAAGAGUGGAAAAGCUGCUGACAAAAGCCCAAGCAAGCCUUGUGAUGUUGAGGUUUAUGAAAAGAAGAUCAAGCUCCUAGAGAAGCAAAGAAAAGAUGUACUGGAGGUGAAUAAGCAGUGGGACAUUCAGUGGAAUUCAAUGAAGUCACAAUUUGAACAGAAGAUCACGGACCUUAGACAGAGGCUCGCAGAUUCCCAGAAGACUGUGCUUGAACUGGAGGCGGAGCGAGAGCAGAGACAGCGUGACUACGAAAAGAAGUUGCUCCUGGCAAAGUCCAAGAUUGAAAAUGUGCAGGGUGAGAAGGAGUGUCUAAAUACUGAGACGACCGAGUUGAAGCAGAAAGUUCGCUACCUGGAGGACCAGCUGUUGCCCCUCAGCAAACAGCGAGAGUACCAAGAGAAGGAAAUCCAACGCCUCAAUAGGGCUUUAGAAGAAGCCUUAAAUUUGCAUGCCCCUUCAUCCUCCCAACAACAACCUGGUCAGGAUGCUGCCAGUAACCUGAAGAAGCAGGAACUACUCACUCAAAUUGCUGUUCUAAAAGAACAGGUUAAAAUCUUUGAAGAAGACUUCCGAAAAGAACGUAGUGACAGGGAGCGAAUGAAUGAGGAAAAAGAAGACCUGAGGCGGCAAGUGGAGCGACUGCAGAUUCAGAUUACAAACUUGACCAAUCAGCUGCAUCAAGCACAGAAUGAGUGUCAGCGAGAACACACAGAAAGAUGCAAGCUAGAAAGACUGCAGAUGCAGCAUCAUAAGCAGGGGCAGCAACAGGAACGACGUACCUCAGACCCCACGUCGGGCUCAAAGAACGGCCCGCUGAGCCCCCCCUACUGUGGUCCCUUUGUGCAGGUGGGAGCGCAGGGCCUUGAGGGGUGGCCCAUACACUUCCAUCCGCGGAUGCCCAAUGUGGCGGCAGCCGCCGCAGCUCCACCCCACGUGCGAGACUUCCAGCCUGUUACCCCGGGUUUUCCAUGGCAGUCAUCGUCAUUUCUACAGCCCAGAGGAGCUAGAGCAGUGGGGGAGAGUUCACGACCAGCACCAGAUAAUGCAGACCAGUCCGCAGCAGCAGCAUCAGCAUCAGCGGCGGCCGCAGCAGGAGGAGGAUUUGGAAAAAGGGAGCGACAAAAUAUAGAUCCUGGAAAGCACUGAAAUAUCACCGUGUCAUGGAAAUUGGGUUGUAGCAUGGAAUCAAUGUUUUGAUUUGAAAAGGUGUAAUUUGAUCUAUAAUUUUCCUACUGAACUGUAGAUAUCCUAUUGUAAUGUUGUUUAUACUUGCGUUUUAUAAGGCUAUUUGUGGAACACUUCACUAUUCUGAAUAUAAACAUGAACUAUUUUGAUUUGUUUUUCUUUUUUUUUUUUUUUUAAAUCAUGUACUAUAGUUUGUUAUAUAUACUUAACACACUUUUUUCCCCCCAGAAAAUAUAUAACUUCCUAUGUUAUAAUCUGCAACAACUUGAUUUAGCUAGUAGGGUUACAGCAAGCAUUCCCCUGAAUGAGCAAAAUGUAUCAUUCCAACAAUGGAUGACAACGUAGCCAAAUUCAAUCUCUGAAUUUACAAAAUAAAUGUUAAUUGACUUCAGAAGACUUCCACAGUACAUUGAUGUGAUAGAAAUGUCCCAUAUGUGUAAGUGUUCAAAAUGUUGCAUACAAACAUUUGGGAGGUAGGUAGAGGGGAUUUUGACAUAGCAUACCAAAAACAUAUUUGUGAUUGAUAAUUUAUUUAUAACCUGCUGUUUUGAUAGUUGCAUUGACUAAGUGUGAAUCAUUGUCUUUUAGUAAUGCUGCUCAAUGUUGUUAGUGUAUUCCUGAUAUAAUUGUAGCUAUUGACAUGUUUGUGUCAGACACAGUAUACAACACAUAAGCCUUUCUUUUCACCAUGAUGAUGGACCUAAUCUCAUUAAACACAGCUCUUCUAUGAUUUAAUUUUUUUUUUUUAUUUGACCGCCUAUGUCACUCUAGUAAUCUCAUGAACAUGUUAGCCCUGUGUAGUACCUAACAGUUUUGCAAUCUUUUAAUAGCUGUUAACUUAUAAACAGUAGAGAGACAUUCACAACAGAGGAUGUCUGGGUUAAUCUGAUGCCUGCCUUGCCAACUAGCCCAUGACACUGAGUCAAGAGCCCUGAUAUAAUGCGCAUGAGACAACUUCAGUUUAGGUUUUUUUUCUUUUUUUUUUUUCCCAAUCUCAAAUCAAUACCAAUGUCUGAACCGAAUGCUCACAAGGUGUUAUGAGGUAGUCAGAUGAAGGGUUUCUAAAAUUGUGCAGAAUCUGAGAAAAAGCAUUUUUUAACUAAGUUUUUAGGUUACAGGAAACCGAAUCGGAUUGGUGGAAAGUGAAGGGAAAUGUGCACUUUUCAAAAAGGUAUUCUUUUAUUACUGGCGGUUGUAUUUCUUGGUUUGCAGCCCUUUUUCUGUUUUGCUGUAGGCAAAAGCACAUGUGAGGCCUUUUGUAUUUGACUGGCUUAAUAAAUCUAUUCUAAAUGUU